AUGUACGACUUUCACGAAACCCACCACGCAGAUACCCGCCCUGGAGACGAUGGCGUCCCUCCGAGUUCGUGGUGUGAAGAGCCCACCCCAUCCCCUCCGCUGUCGAUAAAGGCACCAAAUUGUCAAACGCGAUGCUGGCGAUGCAAUAUGGCACUGAGAUUCCUUAGCUUCAUUGCCGGGUUUUUCUUGACGUUUGUGGUCUUCGAGGACUUCACCCUCUUGGACAUCAUGGACUACGCCGAAGAUUUGGCUACUCAGCUCAAGCAGGAGAUUCGUCGAUGCUAUACCUUGGCGUCGACACUUCGUCUCUCGCUCGAUCCCAGGAGAAUGGUUCCUGUUUCCCCAUCAUCGGUUGACCUGUCUCGGAUGGACAUCGUCCUUGCCGUAUUCUUGGCCGUGCAAGUCGGUUACGGAGUUGUCUCGUUCGCCCUGCGGAAUGGUUCUGCACGGUCUUCUAGGACGAAGAAAUCCCGUCGUAACUGCUCUGGAAGCGACUACAUCCGAUGUCGAGGUCGAGGAAAUGGUCAUUCCUGCUUCAAAUCUUCCUCUUAA